CAGAGGCGAGGAGGUCCGAGGUGGUGAUAUUUAUGAGAGCACGACGACACGACGACGCACGCACACACACACACACACACACACACACACACACACACACACACACACACACACACACACACACACACACACACACACACACACACACACACACACACACACACGCACGCACACACGCACACGCACGCACACACACAUUCACUUGGACUCUGACUCAGCUUCAGCAGCGCGCUGCUCCUCAUUGGAGGAGGAAUUAGGAAUUAUGUUUGCUUGAUGUGGAAGAAACUGACGCACGUUUUGAACCUGGACAUUAUGAGGAGAUAUCCAGGCUUGUUCGCACUUGGAACAGAGAGGAUGAGGUCUUAGUCAACUUCUGAAGUUUUUUUGUAUCAUCGUUGCACUCUUUUUUUUUUUUUUUUAGUUCAAAGCGUCUCUUUUUGUCAAACUUUUCAGACUUUCUCCAGCACAAAUGGAGCUCGCCGGUUUGAUGGUUGUGGUGUUUUUGGCUGUUGCGCUGGUAGGUGAUGCGUUCGCGGACUCAACAGGUGUGAGGGAAGAGGCUGCAGAAAAGGCGAUUUGGGACGACACGCACGGUGAUGCUAGUGAAAGCCCGCCAGAGACCACCCAUACCCGGCACUCCAGGAGCACGACGCCGCAAGGGGAUCACGGCAGUAGGGUUCUACCUAAAGCAGACCGGGCCACCAGACACCCAAGCAGCCUGACCACCUCGCAGUCCAGGAGCAGAGUGAACCGCAGACAGGGCAGAAAGUCCAGCACUGCAAGCAGCAGCAGCCCAAGACGACUUGUUGGGCCUAAUGUGUGCGGGGGUCAGCAGUGCUGCUCCGGCUGGGCUGUGGCACCAGGAACCAAUCGUUGCAUCAAACCCGACUGCCAGCCACCCUGCCAGAACCGCGGUUCAUGCAGCCGGCCGCAUACCUGCGUGUGCCGCUCGGGUUUCCAGGGUCCCCGCUGUGAGGAGGUGGCUCCUGAGCAGGUGUACAUCCACGACAGAGGGGCCUUGAGGCGUAUCCAGCCGGGCAGCAACCCUUUCCAGAAAGACCAACCACGUAGACGGCCUGCCGAAAGGCAAGCCAUUGAUAACGGCAAGGUUCAGACACCGCAACCUGCGACCACCAAGCAGCCCGUUCACACUGUGACCCAAGUGAGACAGGGACCCCCUGACUCCUCCCCUCAGCUGACCGGGACCUCCCGUACUGUGAAGCGUUAUCCGUCAUCCUCUGGGCCGAUCGCCUCCAAUGCUCUGCCCAACGGCAACACCCACGGAAAUGAGCACAGGAACUCACAUGGACACAGACACGACAACGUGCAGUAUUUCAACGCUCACAGGCCAAGCAGUCACAACCAGCUGAAUGGACAAUUCAACAAUGCAUUAUCACCAGCAGGGGCCAACCUCACGUCCAGCCUGGACCGCAUAAAGAUCGUCUUUACACCCACCAUGUGUCGAAGAGUGUGCAGUGGCGGGCGAUGCUUCAACAGCUGUGAGAAAGGUGACGUGACAACUGUCUAUAGUGAGAACUUGCAGCAGCAGCAGCAGCAGCAGCAACAGCAACAACUAAAAGCACCGGGCUUCAGACUCUUCUUUUGUCAGAUCCCCUGUCAUAAUGGAGGCCGUUGCAUUGGCAGGGACCAAUGCUGGUGUCCAACAAACUCAACCGGGAAGUUUUGCCACUUGCCAGCUCAGCCUCAUGCCAAACCCACCACCCACAAGGAGUCCAGGAACUCUGCACCAAAAUCUCCCUCACACACCACGUACACUCUCCCGCUGUCCAAUCAACAAUUGUCGCUCCACCCUUCUUUGGUAAAAGUCCACAUUCAGCACCCUCCAGAGGCCGAAGUCCACAUCCACCAAGUGGCUCGUGUCCAACCAGGUCAGAGGUUGCCCACCACAGAGGGAGUUCACUCUGUCCAGCAGCGCUCUCAGCCUGGCAAUGGCCACGAGCCAGUUGUCGAGCACAGCAGCCGACACAACAACCACGCCAGAUCACACAACCGUCAGGAUGGACAAGUGGGAAGAUGCUUCCAGGAGACGGUUGAUGGACAGUGUGGCAAGCCUUUGCCAGGCCUAACCAAACAGGAUGAUUGCUGUGGAAGUGUGGGAGCUUCCUGGGGUCUCAACAAGUGCCACACGUGUCCAAUUAAACCAGUACAUGCGGUGAUUGCAAAUGGCCAAGUAGAAUGUCCUGUAGGAUACAAAAGAAUGAAUGUCUCACACUGUCAAGACAUCAAUGAGUGCCUCCUGCCCGGAAUUUGCAAGAAUGCAGAGUGUCUCAACACCAAAGGCAGCUACAGGUGCACAUGUAAACCAGGCUACAUGUUAGACCCUGCCAGAAGCCACUGUGUCUCGGACAAGGCCGUUUCAGACCAGAAGGCAUUUUGCUACCGAUGGGUGACAACAGGCACAUGCUCGCUGCCCCUUUCUCAGCACAUCACCAAGCAGAUCUGCUGUUGCAGCGGCGUGGGCAAAGCCUGGGGAGAUGGAUGUGACCGAUGCCCUUUGCCCGGAUCUGAUCACUUUAAAGAGAUCUGUCCAGCUGGUCAUGGAUACACCUACUCCCGCUCUGAUGUGCAUAUUUCUGUACGACAAUUGGAGGAAGACGAUCCUCAGAGUACUGGGCUGUCCUGGGAAGAGCAGAACCCCACAUAUCCUCAGAUACCGUCUUCCCAGCCUUCAGUUCAUAGGCCUGUCCGGCCUCAAUAUCCCAUUCACCCACAGACACCUCAAAUACCACAAUGGGCGGAGUACCCAGAAUCACCCCAAUCACCCAGGCACCCUGUCACACCACAGCAGCCCAUCCAUCCUUUCUAUCCAGCAAGAGAAUCACCUCGGCAGCCUGAAGAUGUGGAAAAUCCGAGACCGCCGGCUGUUGUGACGGACUCGUCAUUGAAAUAUCAAGAAGUUGCUCCAGACUCUCCAGCCAAGCCUGAUCCAAAAGAAACAAUUCCCACAGACUCAGGUAUUGACGUGUGCGUCACCACCCCUUCCAUAUGUGGCCAUGGGAAAUGUGUUCCUGUGCAGACUGGUUACACCUGCCAAUGUGAGCUGGGAUUCAAACUCAGUGCUCUUCAGACAACCUGCAUUGAUGUGAAUGAGUGCGAGGGUGAUCCAUGUGAAGGAAAGGGCAGUUGUUCAAACAACCAAGGCUCUUAUAGUUGUCAGUGCUACAGUGGCUACAGCCAGGUGAUCACCCAAAACAGGAAGUUCUGUCAAGACAUAAAUGAGUGCAGCAUGCCCAACAAGUGCCAGAAUGGCCAAUGUGUCAACACAGAAGGCUCUUUUACCUGUGAAUGUAACACUGGCUUUGCCAAGUCCUGGAGAGGUCAAUGUGAAGAUCUCGAUGAGUGUCAAGAUCCCAGUUCCUGCCCCAGUGGUGCCUGUGUCAAUACUGUGGGCUCCUUCCAGUGCCAGGUCUGCAAUCCUGGUUAUAGGCCAAUCAGUGAAAGAUGUGUGGAUCUAAACGAGUGCCUGAACCAAAACAUAUGCGGCCGUGGAAGGUGUGUCAACAUGGAGGGCUCUUACAGGUGCAACUGUUUCCAGGGAUACAAACUCACACUGGACAACGUAUGCCAAGAUGAGAAUGAGUGUUUGCUGCCGGGGGUCUGUGCCCACGGUCGCUGUGUCAAUCUUGAAGGUACCCACAGAUGCAUUUGUGGUCAUGGUUACCAAGUCACCUCAGAUAGCAAAGCCUGUGAAGAUAUCAAUGAAUGUGCAACUAGUAAAAAUUGUCCUGAAGGAAUCUGCAUCAACACUCCUGGUUCCUACACCUGCAAGAGAUGCAAUCCAGGGUUUCAACCAUCAGUUGAUGGGUUAAGAUGUGAAGAUGAGGACGAGUGUGCUCAGGGCGACUGGUGUCUCGGUGGCGUGUGCGCCAACACGGCGGGGUCGUACACCUGCACCAGGUGUAAGGGUGGCUACAGAGUGUCUCAGGAUCGACGCAGGUGUGAAGAUAUCGACGAGUGCCAGUCCCUGUCUACCUGUGCGAAUGGGAUCUGUCUAAAUUCAGAGGGCUCUUACACCUGUGAGAACUGCCCCACAGGGUACAGAGUGUCAUAUGACGGGGAGCUCUGUGAAGACAUUGACGAAUGCACGCUGCCCAAUGCAUGCCCCCGGGGAACAUGCACAAACACAGAGGGUUCCUUCACAUGUGUCAGCUGUCAGCCCGGUUUCAAAGUCUCCGAAGAUGGACAGCAGUGUGAUGAUGUGGAUGAAUGCUUGGCAACUAAUGUGUGCCCGGGCCAGCUGUGCUCAAACACCCUGGGAUCUUAUACCUGCAGGAGCUGUGAAACCGGCAUGCAGCUGUUUGAAGAUGGUUAUGGUUGUGAGGAUAUAAACGAGUGCCAGGCCGCAGGUGUGUGUUCCACAGGAAUUUGCACCAACGCAGAAGGAUCCUUCUCCUGCGUGGCCUGUGACCCCGGCUUUACUGUGGCACCCAAUGGUCUCUCGUGUGAAGAUAUGAAUGAAUGUGAUGACACUGGCCUGUGUGUGGGAGGUCAGUGUACCAACACCAUUGGAUCCUACAGUUGCUCUUGCCCUUCUGGCCUGGAAAUGAUCGAUGGGACCUCCUGCAGAGGUAUAUGCUUACCAGAGUUCCACCUUAAAAUAGAAUAUGCAUAUUUCCCUCCUCUUGCUGUCCUAGUAAGUGUACAUGUAUGCUUAUGUGCAACAGAUAUCGACGAGUGUUUGACCAUCGUGGGAGUAUGCGGAGAAGGACGGUGUCUGAAUAGUGAAGGAUCCUACAUGUGUAUCUGCCCUGACGGAUAUGACACCCUUGAUGGGCGGAUCGGCUGCCAAGAUGUGGACGAGUGCAGCAAAAACAACGUGUGCGUCCGGGGCCGAUGCGUCAACACUGACGGCUCUUUCAUAUGCUUGUGUGAGGCUGGCUUCAAAUUUAGUGAGGACACGGCUGAUUGUGAAGACCUGAAUGAGUGCAAAGAGUUUGGAAGCUCGGUGUGUGGUACCUGGCGCUGUGAAAACACUAUUGGCUCGUACUUCUGCUUCAUGGGCUGCCAGCCUGGCCUUGAGGGAGAAGACGCCACAGACUGCGAUGUAGACGAGUGCCUCAACAAAACCAUCUGCUGGAGCCACAGCUUUUGCGAGAACACAGACGGCUCCUACCGCUGCCAGUGUGAUCAAGGUUACACAAACCCAACCGAAGACCCGAGCAAAUGUGUCGACGUGAAUGAGUGUGAGAUGAGCCUGGCGCUGUGCGGGGAGGCCUUGUGUGAGAACUUCGAUGGCAGCUUCCUGUGCAUCUGCCCCAACGACAAUGAGGAAUUUGAUCCCACCACCAGCCGCUGCCGCUCCCUGGCUGGUACCGGCUCAAAAGACCCUGCUCCUGUGGCCCCCACAACCGAGGAAAGGAAAGAGUGUUACUACAACUUAAACGAUGCCAACUUCUGCGACAACGUCUUGUCUCGGAACACCACAAAGCAGGAGUGCUGUUGCACUGUGGGUGCCGGCUGGGGCGACAACUGUGAGAUCUACGCUUGUCCCACUCCAGGAGAAGAUGACCAUCACCAGUUGUGCCCUCAUGGCAGCGGUUCAAUACCCCUGCCUACUUCCUCCACUCAAAGUCUGGCAGAACAACGACUCUACAUUGAUGCAAAUGAGUGUGAAAUGUUUGGGUCAGACAUUUGUAAGAAUGGACAGUGUGUAAACCUCUUCUCCACUUAUACCUGCUACUGUCGCUCUGGAUUCUACUAUGACAACGUUAGGCUUGAGUGUAUUGAUUAUGACGAAUGUGAAUUUGGAAAUUCUUGCAUGGAUGGAGUUUGUGUGAACACAGCGGGCUCUUUUAACUGUUUCUGCAGUCCACCAUUAGUUCUGGACAGCACCCAACGGCGCUGCAUAAGCGUAAACACUACAGAAGAAACUGUGGAGUCUAACCCUGAUGUGCACAUGGACAUCUGCUGGCAGCGUCUGGAGGGAGACAACAUGUGUUCAGAACCCCUCCGGGGCCGCAGAACUACCUACACUGAAUGCUGCUGCUUGUAUGGAAUCGCCUGGAGUGGACAAUGUGCCUUCUGUCCUAGAAGAGACUCAGAGGAUUAUGCAGUCAUGUGCAACCUGCCUCUGAGAGGAAGUUCAGACAGUUUGCGAGAGCGACCGGGUUAUGAGUACGGCGUUGACAGUCCGGAGGAUCCCGCCGAGCCUUUUGUUCCUCCAUACUGGGACAACUAUGGUGGACCAGCUGGACCGUACGACAUUUCAGAGAGCAUCCCUCUGUUUAACGACAACGACUACAGUGUUCGACAGCCACCUGUCCGGGUCCCCAUCCAUCGACCCCGCGAGCACCGGCCACGGCCAGUGGAUCCCUACUCUGAACGCUACGAAGGCUUUGAGGGUCUCCAAGCAGAAGAAUGCGGCAUUCUGAACGGCUGCGAGAAUGGACGCUGCGUUCGCGUGAGAGAAGGCUACACCUGCGACUGCUUCGACGGAUACGAGUUGGACCUUAACAAGAUGGCCUGCAUAGACAUAAACGAGUGUGAGGACAUCAGCGACAAGGUGCCUUUGUGUCAGAACGGCCAGUGCACUAACACGGAGGGAUCCUACAGGUGCAACUGUUUGUCUGGCUUUGUGGCCUCCGACAAGCCACACAAAUGCAUUCCAGCAACUCCAGAGGUGGAGCACAGAGAAACAGGAAAAUGACAUGGCGACUGAUUAGCACUGAUAUUUUCAUAUCACCUGCUUCUUCAAAGUUGAAUUUUUACUCUUGUGGCCUUCUUCUUCCUAACGGUAACGCUGAAACGUCCAGAACAGAAGACACUAAUCAUCCCUCAUACAGAAAAAGAGGAGUCUGCAGUGAAUAGAUGACAUUAGGUUUCUAGCUGUUAAAGGGAUUUUGUGGACUGGCCUUUUUCAUUUAGUAAACCUCCUGAUAAUUUUAUAUAUUUUCAAUUUAUUUUCCCUGUGUUGUGUUAUUUAUUUAAAGGCCUACUGAAAUGAUUUUUUUUUAGUCAAACGGGAAUAGCAGAUCCAUUCUAUGUGUCAUACUUGAUCAUUUCGCGAUAUUGCCAUAUUUUUGCUGAAAGGAUUUAGUAGAGAAAAUCGACGAUAAAGUUCGCAACUUUUGCUCGCUGAUAAAAAAAAAGCCUUGCCUGUACCGGAAGUAGCGUGACGUCACAGGAGCUAGGAUUCCUCACAAUUCCCCAUUGUUUACAAUGGAGCGAGAGAGAUUCGGACCGAGAAAGUGAUGAUUACCCCAUUAAUUUGAGCGAGGAUGAAAGAUUCGUAGAUGAGGAACGUUACAGUGAAGGACUUGAGAGGCAGUGAUGGACGUAUCUUUUUUCGCUCUGACCGUAACUUAGGUACAAGCUGGCUCAUUGGAUUCCACACUCUCCUUUUUCUAUUUUGGAUCACGGAUUUGUAUUUUAAACCACCUCGGAUACUAUAUCCUCUUGAAAAUGAGAGUCGAGAACGCGAAAUGGACAUUCAGUGCCUUUUAUCUCCACGACAAUACAUCGGCGAAAUGCUUUAGCUACGAGCUAACGUGAUAGCAUCGUGCUUUAACUGCAUAUAGAAACAAAAAAAAUAAACCCCUGACUGGAAGGAUAGAUAGAAAAUCAACAAUACUAUUAAACCGUGGACAUGUAAAUACACGGUUAAUGCUUUCCAGGCUGGCGAAGGUUAACAAUGCUGUGCUAACGACGCCAUUGAAGCUAACUUAGCAACCGGACCGCACAGAGCUAUGCUAAAAACAUUAGCUCUCCACCUACGCCAGCCAGCCCUCAUCUGCUCAUCACCCGUGCUCACCUGCGUUCCAGCGAUCGGCAGAAGGACGAAGGACUUCACCCGAUGCGUUUGGCGGCCCAGAGACGUAGGAAGUCAAGGUGAGGUCGGCGGCUAGCGCGGCUAGCGCGGCUAGCGCGGCUAGCGCGGCUAGCGCUCCAACAAAGUCCUCCUGGUUGUGUUGCUGUAGUCCGCUGCUAAUACACCGAUCCCACCUACAACUGUCUUCUUUGCAGCCUUCAUUGUUCAUUAAACAAAUUGCAAAAGAUGUCCAGAAUACUGUGGAAUUAUGAAAUGAAAACAGAGCUUUUUGUAUAGGAUUCUACGGGGUACCAUAACUUCCGUUACUCUGACUUCGUCACGCGCAUACGACAUCAUACCGCGACGUUUCAGCCGGAUAUUUCCCGGGAAAUUUUAAAUGUCACUUUAUAAGUUAACCCGGCCGUAUUGGCAUGUGUUGCAAUGUUAAGAUUUCAUCAUUGAUAUAUAAACUAUCAGACUGCGUGGUCGGUAGUAGUGGGUUUCAGUAGGCCUUUAAGGCCUUUUCGGCGCCAUGAUUGCGUCCUCUCUUUAUUUGUUAAUUUCAUGUACAGGAAUGUCUUUGGAAUUCUUACACUUACAGAAGCCCCCAUUCAUAUAGCCCCAUUUAAAAAAUGUAACAUCAUCUGUCACGUUUCAAGUGUCAGGUAAACCAUGACGAAUGGGCCCAUAUGAAUACGCUUCCUACUAUAAAUGCACAAAGACAGCACCAAUUCUUUUUGCCCCCUCCUAAAAGUCAUUAAAAACGAGUUGCAACAUGAAUGUGCGUACCAAGAGCUAAGAAGACAAAACAACCAAACUUUUCAAAAUGAAAGCUUCAGCCGCUACCUUUAAGAUGUAUAUUAGAAUCUGAUUAUAAUGUUUUUUAUGCAAAGGUGCAAUACUUGCAGCUUUUUAUGAAUAAAAUCAAUCUAACAGUAUUAACUUAUUUUAUUUUGUUGACAAAGUAGCAAAGUGUGUUGCUAAAUUUUAAUGUCUAAAAUAACACCUGAUGCAACAAAUAUCACUGCUUUUAUGUACACUACUCAAUCAAAUCAUUCACCAACAUGUGUGCAUCUCUUAAUGCAAGACAAAGGCUCCGCUGGUGAGGUUAAAUUUAUUUUGUACAGCUCUAGUACAACGGAUAUUUUUUGUUAAAUACCCGUUGUAAUACAUCAUACAUAGCACAACCAAUAUUUUUGCUUGACAUCAAAUAUAAAAAAUAUGAAAAAAAAAAUGACAUCAUAGCUUUGUAGAUUUUUAUGCGACUGUAAACAUUUUUUUUUUUUAAAGCAAAUGUUUUUAUGUGUGAGGAGAGCGACUGACACUGUACCAGAGGAACUUCGUGUAUAACCUGCCCUGUGGAGCAGAAUAUGAAAUAUAUAAAUAUAUAUAUAUUUUUGGAAGUGGCACCACUGCUCUAAUCUAAUGGCAGACAUGUAUUAUUUCAUUGCAAAGACAAUACGAUUGAAAUGUAAGCACCACUUUAUGUAUGUUACAACUCUAUGAUUAAAUAUUAUUCAUUGUCAACAUUUGUUCUUCUUAAGUCAAAAAUGCAUCAUAAUAGAGAGCCUUAAUUUCUUUAUUUGAAUGUUUUUUUUUCUUAGUUUGGAAUAAAUAAUUUGUUUAAUGGGCAACUGGCAAAAUACACAGUCAUGACAGCAGCACACUGCUAUAAAUGUCUAAUUUAACUUGCAUUAAUAAACUAUAAAUCCUACAACUGUGCAAAUGUUUCCAUGUGAUGUGCACUGUACUUUAACUGUGCUGCUCCAAUUAUCAGCUGAACCAGACAGGAAGUCCAAUAUUUGGGUCAAAGUUGGAACAGGUGAGGCCCUAUAAAAUCCAAUCCCAAACGACUUAAUGCUAAUGUUUUGUUGCAAUGAUGUGGUCAUUGGAAAGAUCAUGCUCAUUCAUUUUGUUUACCUCUUGACUGUAAUCACUGU